GCAAUCCCUCAUACUGAGCAUGCAUGUAGCGAUUGAAAAACUAUCUUGGCUCUCUGAUAGAAAAUGACUGUUAAUAGGAGUAUUUUCUGUGUGAUCUUUAAAACAAAUUCUAUAUAUAUAAGAAGGAAGAAAACACAUCAAGAUUUGCAUAUUUUGCUGCUAACAUUAUGAUGUAGCCACUGCUGUGUUGACCAGACACCACGGAGAUAUAACCUGUUUGUUUUUUCUAAGUGAAAUACUUGGGGGUAGGAUCCCUUUAGUUGUUAUGACUACGCAGUCGUAAAUCCGCCAUGUUUGCUCCCGCCUCACUGCUGCGUUGCGACAGAGACGGAGAAGUCAAACGAAAUGAAUGCAGAAAAUAAUCAUACGGCAGAAACAGAGAAGGAGCAAACGACGGACGGCACCGACACCAUAACCAUUCAGACUACACUGGGAGAUGAAGAUGAUGAUGUCCACAAGUGCGGACGGUGUCAGUUCGAGUUCUCCAGCCUGGAGGCUUUUAUCCAGCACAAACUACAGCAAAGCUGUAAGCGGCUGGAGACCAACGAGGCAGCUCAGGUCCCUUCAAACACUCGAAGCUCUACCUUCAAGAUAAAAACAGAUGGUAUAUCUGCAGGUAUACCACCAGGGACCACCGAUGAUGAAAGCAGUAGUCCGAUGGGUCGAGGUCACAGGAAGAAAAUCGCAUCUAUUAAAGUCGCCGACCAGUCUGAUAAAAUCUCAGCAUUUGUAUCUGAAAACACUGACGGUGAACGACAGGCAUUCAAAGUUAAUCAAGCGGGACGUUACAUUUGCCACCUUUGUGAAAAAACUUUUAAAACUACAAACAUCUUGAGGACUCACAUGAAAACUCACAGUGACCAGAAGAACUUCUCAUGUGAACUGUGCGGGACCUCAUUUCGCACCAAAGGCUCACUGAUACGUCACAACCGUCGGCACACUGAUGAGCGGCCCUAUCGGUGUACCCUCUGUGGACAGUCCUUCAGAGAGUCGGGGGCUCUCACCAGACAUCUUAAAUCUUUGACUCCAUGCACAGAAAAGAUCCGGUUUGUCCAGUACAAGGAAAUCCUGGUCAGCAAGGAUGGAGUGCAGAAAGGUGUUGAAGCUGAUCGAGCCCCGGCAGUUUCCCAAAAAGAGGUGGUAGUUGUGGAGCAGCAGGCAGAGGAUCAGGAGAUGGUGGAGGCUCACGCUGGUGUGGUCAGUGUGGUAGAGGCUGGCUCCCAAGAGGUCCUCCGUCAGGUUCACUUCACUGUGGAGGUUGAUGGAACAACACAGGAGCAGCAGGUGGUGGUUGACCAGUCUCAGGCAGAUGCUCUGGCCGCUGCCGCGGCUGCCGGGGACAGCCUCAUCUGCCAGGCUAUCAUCAACUCCGGCAUUGCGCUGGGCACAGAGGAAACGGUGGUCGAGGAGGCCUCGCUGACAACGCAAGAGAUGGAUAAAGAUGGUUCCGAACCAACUGAUGUUGAUCAGAGUGUAAUUGAGAUCCAGGUUAAAGAAGAGUUUGAAGAGAUGGAGGAGGAGACAGCUGACAACCGAGCAUCCUGUAAACUGUACACUUGUCCACACUGUAAUCGGUCGUUCAAAGGCUUGAAUUAUUUUCGUUUUCAUGUCAAAGGUCAUUUAGGUUACAAACCUUUUAAGUGCACGCUAUGUCAAAAAGAGUUUCUAACUGGCUACCUGUUAAAGAAGCACAUGGAGGUCCAUGUCAGCGAGAGGAGGUAUAAAUGCGGCGAGUGCGGCAAGCUAUAUAAAACUAUCGGACAUGUUCGUGAACACAUGAGAGCCCACUCUGAUGAAAGACCCUACCGCUGUCACAGAUGCAACAAGGGAUACAAGACCAAGAAUGCCUUACAAGUUCACCAACGGACCCAUGGUGACGAGAAACCCUAUGUGUGUGAGUUCUGCCUCAGGGGCUUCAGAGAAAAAGGCUCUCUGGUGCGACACAUCCGGCACCACACUGGAGAGAGGCCUUUCAAGUGCCCGAGGUGUGGGCGGGGCUUCGCUGAGCACGGGACUCUCAACCGACACAUGCGCGCUAAAGGAGGCUGCAAUAGGGAGAACUCCAACGAGCAGCAGGGGGCAGUAGCGGGUGAGCAGGCCGCUGUGGACAGCCUCAGCACAGAGGAAGUUAUAGCAGAAGAUCCUCAUGCGGUGCUUGUGGAGUUCUCCUCAGUGGUGGCAGACACGCAGGAGUAUAUCAUAAAGACUCAAACUGGAGAGGAAAUGCAGGAAGAAGUUACACUCAUUCAGGACAGCCAAAAUGAGAUGGGAAACCAGAUCAUGAAAGUGGUCCAGCAGAUCGUCAGCCAGUCCCACAGCGCGGGCGGCCACCAGAUCAUUGUGCGAAACGUGGGCGCGGACGAAGAGGGCGCCUCCAUCUCCGACUGCGGGGACACCAUCACCAUCGCCACACCGGAGAGCCUGACGGAGCAGGUGGCCAUGACGCUGGCCUCCGCCAUCAGCGAUGGGACGCUGCUCGCCACUAGGGGCACUACUGAGGACGCUGAGGGGACUGUUACCAUGGUUACCACAAAGGAAGCAGUAGAAGAGGAAAUACAGAUGGUGCAGCAGCAAGAGGAGUAUGUCAUCACCUCCCAAGAGGAGGUGGAGGUUCAGACUGUUGUUGUAUGAUCGAAGAGGAUGCCACCAAUGAACUCUUCUUGCUUUAGUUGCCUUUUGUGAGCUUUGAGCGAGUGGAUGAAUUAAUUAUAAAUUUAAGGCCAACAUUGUUGUAAUGCCCAUAGUGACAGAAAUGUAACACAGUACAUUUUUGAUAUGGAAACAAAUGUUAAUAAGGGGCAGGUUUAUCUGGCAGUUCAUAGUGUUGUUUACUGGCUCACCAUUCAAUGUGACCUUUAUUUGUGAUUCAAUAAAUAGGGUUUAAUACAUCUGCAAAAUUGAGUUUAAUAUCUGUGCAGAACAUAUCUAAUUUCAGUAUUUUUUUAAUGCAACCUGCAGAGUCAGAUGCAGCUUGAAAAGUCUUAAGUCUGGACAAAAGAAAAACAGUGGAAGUUUCAGGGCUAUGUUUCUUAUUCCUUUUAUCUAAAAAGGUUCGUUAUGUCUUAUUUGCCACAUCACAACUUCAGUUUUUGUCCAACUCAUUGAUUAUUUUGGAUUUUGGGCUGUGUUGAGGCAUGGAUUUGUGCCAUAGACCUUUUAUAAAGUAUUUUUAUGCACUCUUAUGAAAUUUGCAGACAUACAUAUAUCACAUAAACUGUGAUUCAAAAAAUCUGAAGUCCAGUUACAUUUUUAAACAAACAGAUUUGGAAUACAAUGCCCUGCAAUAAUAUUCAUUCCUUUUGAACCUUUUCACAUUUUGUCACACAGCAAAACAAAGUAGGACAUAAAUGUGAAGUGGGAGAAAAAUUAUAGUUUUCAAAACUGGUUACACUGGGUUUUAUUUAGGCGUCUCUCAAUGAAGGGGGUUAAAUACACUUUUAGGGGCUUCUUUGUAAAAAACAAAAAAAAAUUUUGAAAGCUAUGUAUCUAUUUUUUCCACUUAUGUGUUGCUCUAUCACAUAAAAUUCCAUUAAAGCUGGUUUUGAUGCAGCUUUUGUGUGGUGCUGUAAUCUUUAACCACAUUACCAUUCAGGUAAACAAAACCCCAAAACUGUAAAAGUUUUGUACUCAAAUGUGCAGAAUAAAUGUAAAGUAUGAAAUUUAAGGGGAAGUAAUGGGAGCUUUGCAUUAGAUAUUUUAAUUAGACGUAAUUCAGUUCUGCUCCCAGGUCCCUGAAUCAACCACAGUCGCGUUUUUGAACUUUAUCUCAGUUUUGAAGUGUGGUGCCCUUUUAAAGGCUGUUGUGUGUGGCCCUCAAUGAUACAGUGUUCCCAGUCUAAGUGGUACAGCAUGUCACACAGCUGCUCAAAUGUAAAAUGUAUUACCAUUGCACAGUUCAGAUGAAAUAAAUGCUAUUUUCUUAA